AUGAUUAUGAACAAUUGCUGUCUCUAUAUUUGCAUAUGGAUAAUCUCCUUUGGUGGAAUCUCUUCUCAGAACUGUAACCAACUUCAGAGGAAGCUACUAAAAGCCAACCAGAUCAACUUCAAUCUUCUAAGUAGUAAUAUAGGAUCAACCAUUCCUCUACAAUGUAUCAAGGACAUUAAUUUUUCAUUUGAAGCCACUGAAAAAAUAUUGAUUGAUAUGAAUGAUGAAUCCCAAGUGGACAUUGCAAAAACAGCUGUUAAAGAAAUCCUCCAACAGAUAGGCAUUAUCUUCAAACAAAGUCAUAUUAAACUGGUUUGGCCCAAAGUCUCCUUAAAAGAUUUCCACAUUGGACUGGAUCAGCAGAUUAAGAUGCUGGAAACUUGUGAGAAUUCAGAGGUGAAACAAGUCACCACAUCUCCAAGGAAUCAAAAAUUGCAGCUGACCAGGUUGAGAGUAAAAAGAUACUUCCAAAGGCUCCAUGACUUCUUGAAAAAUAAGAACUACAAUUUGUGUGCUUGGAAGAUUGUCCAGAUCCACAUGAAGGAAUGUUUUGAACUGAUUAAUCACUACAUCCAAAGGAUUCCCUCUAAAGUUAUUGUUGAUUUCUGGAAAUGGUUGUUUUGA